AUUGCGAACGCUUCGCGAACUGGAGCACUGGUUGGAUCCGCGAUUCAAACACAAGACCGUCGAAAAUGGGAAAAGACGCCGAAAGAGGAAAAUACGCUUCUCCCGAGGGCUCGCGGACCUGGGAAUACCUCAUCACUUUUUCAUGUGGGAUCGGACUAUCCUGCAUUGGAAAUCUGCAAGGAUGGAGUUCGCCCACCAUCACCGAGCUCAAGAGCCCGAAUUCCCGAAUCCAGAUCACGAACCCGGCUAGCCAGUUAUCAUGGCUGGCGGCCGCGCUAUCCACGGGACACAUGGCCGCGCCCAUAUUCAGCCUCUUACUCAUCGACAGGAUCGGAAGGAAGAACAGUUUCCUGCUUUCCGCAGCGCCGCUGGUCCUCAGCUGGGCGCUGAUUGUGGGGGCUGAACACAUAAAUGUACUCAUCGCGGCAAGAGUGUUGGCUGGUUUCUCCAUGGGCUUGAUGAUGUGCGUCUAUCCGGUGUACUUCGGGGAAAUUUUUUCGACGGAGUUGCGCGGUUUCUUGAUGUGCAUAACUAUAGCUGCAUACAACUUUGGGGUGCUCGCCAUGUUCGCGGUGGCCCCGUACCUCGGCAUUCGAACAACGGGAAUCAUCUGCAUGACCAUAGCAGUAACCUUCCUGAUUACCUUCUGGUUCAUGCCCGAGUCGCCGUACUUCCUCAUGAUGGUCGGCAAGACGGAUCAGGCCGAAUCUGCACUCGAAAAGCUCAGGGGCAAAACGGACGUCUCGGACGAGCUUGAACUGGUCAAGGCCACCCUUCGCGAAAAGGGAAAGUCUCUGCUGGGUAGCAAUGGUGCCGAAAAGAACGAAAUGGAACCGGGGAUGCUGAACACUCUCAAGCGACUUUUCACCACUCGUGGAAACCUCAAAGCGUUAAUAAUCACAAUGUUGAUCGCGUUGUUAUCGCAUUGCUGCGGAUUUGGUUCACUCAUGGCGUACUGCCACGUAAUAUUCACGGACAUGAACGCUGGUAUCGAUGUUCAAAUAACCACAAUAUUUUUUAGUUUACUUCAGCUGAUUGCUUCUGUCGUUGGCACCAUUUUCGUGGAGAAGGCCGGACGUAGGACCUUCAUAUUGGGCGCAGGCGUGUUGGCAGGAUUUUUACUCACCAUCGUCGCCGGGUAUUUCUUCCUGAUGGAACAUACAACGGUCGACGUAAGCGCGUUCGCUUUGUUCGCGGUCUUCGUCAUCUAUAAUUUCAUCUUCGUGGCGCACAUCGGAAUACUGAUGGUACCUGGGAUCAUAGCAUCCGAGAUAUUCUCAUCAGAUAUUAAAGUGCUGGCCUCCUGCAUCAGCGGGAUAUUCGGCAGCGCGGUGGGAGUCGUCUCUACUAAAUAUUAUUUCUUAAUGGCCAAGUCUUGGGGUUUUGGACAUUCGGUCCCGUUCUUCAUAUACGCGAUAGUGACGUGGCUCAGCACGGCAUGCAUUGGGUAUUUGCUUCCCGAAACGAAGGGCAAAACUCUGUACGAGAUCCAAAAGAUCCUGAACGCCUGAUCAACGCUAGGCUUAAGUUCACAUGGGAGGUACAACCAUUUAUGCAAAUUAACUUAUGCUCUGACUGUAAGCCAUACGUCGGCUUUAACCUGGCGUCAAUGUCAUCAGUAAUAAUUAAAAAAAUAUUUCACAGAAAUCGAUUUCUUUGAAUUUUUUAUGAUUAUAAAACGUCACUCGUCGUUCGGUUGACUAUUAACGGAAUCCCUGUUACAGCAAUUCAAACAAGUUGAUUCCAGAUAAGGCGACAUCGGCUGUGUGUUGCUUUUCAACAAUGUAAAGAGUAUUUUGAAUAGAUAACAAGAGU